ACCCAGCCCAGUCGAGAAACAAUGGUGGUCAACUCAGCCAUUAGAAUCUCCCUCCUCCUCCUCCUUUCACCAACCUCCCUCGCCGCCACAAACCUCAUCCCACAUAAGCCUCCCGCACGCCUCCUCGCCCAAGCACCCCCAUCAUCUCCCCUCCAAGCCCUCUCCGCCAUCGUCAUCGUCGCUGCCGGCCUGUGCCGCCCUGGAGAGCUCACCUGCAACGCCGGCUGCAUGCCCCCGCGCGCCGAGUGCUGCCCCGACGGCCUCGGAUACUGCAAGCAGGGCUACGCCUGCGUCGUCGACGGCUGCUGCCCCAUCGGACACACCUGCAGCGACGAGAUCAGCUGCGACCUUGGCGAGGUGCCCUGCGGCGAGACGCUGUGCAUGCCUGAGGGGGCUGUGUGCUGUUCGGACGGCGCGUAUUGCCAUGCUGGGGAGGAGUGUUUUCAGAAUGGGUUUGAGCAGUAUUGCCAGAAGGGUGACGGCGAUGGCAGCACGACGACUAGGGGAACCAAGACUGGCAGUAUCGCUGAGACGACGACGACAACGACGACGACUCGAGGCCAGAACACGGUUUCGUCUGAGACACUGAGCUCCAAGACGAGUGUUCAUGGAACCCUGGCUUCAACAACUGCAGAGACACAAACGGAAACAUUGGUUUCAACUUCGACGUCACCACGAGAUAUUUCUUCCGACCUUGUCUCCAGCAUAAGCUCCACGACUGUAAUGAUUCCAUCAGCUCCAUUUCGCCCAGAAGCAUCAUCAAUCUCGUCGCCUGCCACGACGAUCACCUCAUUUACCUCUUCUUCAGUAAUCGGGCCAUCAACAGCAACUUCAACAAGCGACGGGAAUAACAUAGCCAUAAAUGUGAUCAUGACUUUGGUCAUGGCACUAUUUGCUGCAUCUAUAAUGGCGGUUCUUUGA